AUGUCUAGUAAAGAAAUUGAAUACUCUAUGGAUGAUGAGGAUAAUCAAAUUCCUUUUGAAGAAACAGAGUUAUUAAAACCUUCUUUACCAUAUUGUGAAGAAUCAGAUGAAAAUGAAAAGAAUUAUAAUAAAAAUCUCAUUACUACAUAUCGCAAUCAUGAAUUUUCUGUAACUAAAUUUUCUAAAAAAGAACAAAUAAUUUAUUCAAUACUACUUUUGAUAGACAGUUUGACAGCAAAAAACAUGAGAAUAAUACAAUUGAAAAGACUUAUAAAAGAAGAGGUAGAAAAAAUUAAAAUAAAUUCUAUGAGAAAUUACAGAAAUGAAACAACAAAUUUUUUAAAAAAAGAAUUAUUAUAUCAAAAUAAUUUUUCAAUGGAUGAUGAAAAUUAG